AGUAAGCAGAAUACCACAACCGGAAAAUGAGGGCCGAAUCAGUUAUUCUCUGCUUGGUUGCGUGUUUGUUUGUGUGCGGCGCGGUUGUUGUUGCGGAGGACUUGAGCACGGAUUGUGCGGAUGACUUUCAGAAAGUGAUGACUUGUCUGAGCUUCGCGACGGGGAAGGCGAACACCCCGACCAAGGAGUGUUGCAAUUCGGUGAAGGAUAUAAAGGAGAGUGACCCAAAGUGCCUUUGCUUUAUCAUUCAACAAACUCACAAUGGGAGCGAAGCGGUCAGAAGCCUCGGGAUUCAGGGAGCUAAGUUGCUUCAGCUCCCUUCUGCUUGUGCCGUCACUAAUGCCAACGUCAGUGAUUGCCCCAGGCUUCUAGGCUUGGAUCCAAAAUCACCAGACGCGGCCAUCUUCUCGAGUAAUUCGUCGUCAUCAGCAACUCCAGCAGUUCCGACAACAACGUCUCCAACAAAAAAUGAUGACUCAGAUGGAACCAAGCAGGGACCUAGCCUGGUUGUUCCUCUGCUGAUUGCUCUGACCAUGUCUCUGUCUCUAUCUCUAAGUGCUCUCCCUUCUGGGUCUGCCUCGAUGUUUUAACUUGCGCACAAUGAAGGCUUGGAAAACAAGCCAAAAUCAUGUGUUGCCCAGUCUGUUUCUUAAUUUUUUAACUUUGUAGGAGUUUCCCUCGUCGUUUUCUUUGCAUCUGCCAGUUUCUGCGACUUGAGUACUUCAAUGUAAACACCGUCUUUGGCACUUUGCCUUUAUGCUAAAUAUUUUUGGGCUUUCGAGUCUC